AUGGAACCACUACACACCAAUCAUUGCGCUUCAGACUAUGACCAGAACUCGCAACGCAUAUCACGGGAAUCAAAAUCUGGGACUGAAAAGCCUAUCCCGUUUGACGGAGUGCCGUUCUAUUUGGUGGGUACGAACAUCUUGGAAUGCCAACGUGGGGUCGACAGAAACGUUUACCAAAAGAAGAAGCACGCAUCAAAGUUUGUGGUAAAUAAUUUAAGUUUACAAUUAUGCGCUGUCAUUGCACUUUUGUAAUUGUUUACUGCUGCGUGUCUAUAUGUUCUUUCCAGUACUAAUCUCGCGGUGCAUCUUGUUUGCAUGAAAAAUCUAUCAAGCGAUAAACAAAGUCAUAAUUUUUCGUUUACCGAUAGGAGGGAGAUUUUACAAUGAAAAAGAGGCGUUUCUGGAAACAAGAUAGUAAAAAACUAGAUUGUACGGCGACUAUACAAAUGAAGGAAGUGAUAAAAUUUCCGGAUUAUAAGGUAAAUUAUUAAGCCUGGUCUUCACUAGCGAAAUUACCAAUUAAUUGUACAUUAUUAUUAUUAUUUAUAUAUUUUAAUGUGCGCAAUAAAAAAAUUCUUUUAUGUGAGCAAACAAAGGCAGCACGAGGAAACAGUUUUCUUUGUGCUUUGUGAAAAGUACUUCUGCAUUCAUUGCAAUAAUUGUCAAAUAAGUUUGCUUGCAGCUUCAGCAAGCAUUUUAAUAUUUGCAAAACUUAUACCAUAAAAGUUUUAUUCUCAGUAAUGUUAGUAAUGAUAGUAAUACCAAACUUAUAGGUGCAUCAGGAUGCUAAAAAGAAGAAGCGCGACACCACCUCUGCUGAUUUGCGGACAGAUCUAAAAACCGGCGCUGUCAACACGGAACGCAGAAUAUACAUCUCCUUUCCACAUCCAAACGAGCACACCACGCACAGGCUUGGAGUGGUAUGAUGGUUCAUAUUCAAUUGAUAAGUUUUUAACUUAUAUACUAGUCAACAACCCAACCAUGCUAUAGUAUAGAUCUCUAAGCAGCACAUGUGACGAUAGGCUCGUUUGAGAUCUAUAUAUUGAAAUACAACUUACAACAAAUGAACGAGACUCUGACUCAAUAUAUAUAAUUAAAAUUAUGGUUCAUUUAUUAAUUAUUUAACAAAUAUAAAAAAAAUUUCCGUGUUGAUAUACAGUUAUAUCAACACGAGUGGAAAUGGGGAAAAUGAGAAAUUGUGUGGAAACACGACUCCCGAAGGGCGGAGUGUUUCACACAAUUUCUCGUUUUCCUCAUUUCCACGAGUGUUGAUAUAACUGUAUAACAAUAGGGAAAAAUGUUUUAUAUUUGUUUUAUAAUAUAGCACAAAGAAAUAUAAAGAAAGAAAUUUUCCGACGUUUCCGUGUUGACAUUGAGUUAUAUCAACACGGCUCUUAGCCAAUCAGCAUCUAGAAUUUACAAAUGCUACAUUAUAAUAUACAAUAUCGCACUCAUGUAGUAAAUCACUAUAAAGUCCUAGGACUGGAUAAAAUUAAUUCAGGCCUUGUACUGGAUCAAAAUUAAUUCACCUCAAUUUAAGUAGUGAUUUAUUCGCAUGAGAUGUCAUUUCAAAUCCUCCAAUUCGGACUGGACUAUAUUCCUCGCAUUUUUAUCCAGUGAGGACUUCACCAUCUAGUUCAGUCCUCAUGUCAGAUUUGAAAUAUUACUUCAGUUAUACCUUAUUCCAGCUGAGUGCUACGGCAACAAAACUUCAUAAGCCAUAAAAAGCAGACUCCUAAUUUUAAAUGUUACAAACCGUUUUCUUUUCUACAGCACAGUGGAUUGACACAAAGAUUAGAUGAAAACGUUAUAAGAAAAAUUGAAGAGCUUGUCGGCGAAGGGGUGCGAAGUGUUAAUGAGAUGAGACGUCAUCUGAAAAUAUACAUUAAAGAUGAUCUUUUUCGAGGUAAAGAACAACCGCAACGUAGCAAUAAACGAUACUUUCCCCGGGCUAAAACAAUACAAAAUCACAUGUAUAACGCGGCAAUGCGAGCAAGACUUUCUUUGAUGGAUCAAGACAACGUUCAGCAACUUAUACAGAAAUGGAAGGACGAAAAAGGAUCAACAAAUGAUAGAUUUUUUUUCCGCCCAUACAUUGAAGGAAGUGGUGAAUUUCGGAAUACGGAACUAUCCGAUGAAGAAGACGGCGAUGACGAUGUUGCUUUGAAUGACGAGGUUAUAACGACUGCAAAGGAACAACAAGGGCGUCUUUUGUUCGUUCACCAAACAGCUUGGCAAUCGCGGUUACUUUCUCGAUAUGGUCAGGAACUCGCUUUCUUAGAUGCCACCUACAAAACCACAAAAUAUUCGUUGCCUUUAUUUUUUGUCGCUGUUAAAACCAAUGUGGAUUACAUUAUCGUUGCAUCGUUCAUUGUGCAAGAUGAAACCACGGCGAGUAUAACGGAAGCUCUGAGUAUUCUGAGUCAAUGGAAUCCACAAUGGAAGCCACGGCAUAUGAUGACAGAUCUUUGUGAAGAAGAAAUAAAUUCAAUAGAGUCAGUUUUUCCAGGUAUAAUGUAUACGGUUGAACUAUACAUGCAUAUUUGCAUACUAGGGCUUUGGUUAGUUUUAUCUUUGCAAUAUUUGGCUAAGGUUGACUAA